AUGGCUCUGUUUACCCCUACAAAUCAAAAAAGACUCACGAAUGUGUCUGUAGUGCGUUUAAAAAAAGGUGGUCAUCGCUACGAACUUGCAUGUUACCCAAAUAAAGUACGCUCAUGGAGAGACAAACUUGAGACUAAUUUAGAUGAGGUCUUGCAAGCCCACUGUGUCUUCGCAAAUGUUUCAAAGGGUCAAUUCGCAAACAGGAAGGAGAUGUAUAUUGAUUUCCGAACUGAAGAUGAAAGGCAGAUAAUAAAAACAAUUCUAGAACAUGGAGAACUACAACUUACUGAAAAAGAACGUCUUGUCGAGCAGCAAGCUCUUUUUAAAGAUGUGGCCAAAAUAGUGUCUGAGCGGUGUGUUAAUCCAGAGAACAAUCGUGCGUAUACUGCCACAAUGAUUGAAAAAAUGAUGAAAGACUGUCAUAUUUCACUGAAAGCCAACAAAAAUGCUAAGCAGCACGCUCUGGAAGUGAUUAAACAGCUACGGGCCAGCCCAGGAUUUAAAAUAGCACCUUCAAUGAUGGAAGUUAUCAUUACUAUACAAAAGGAUGUAUAUGAAUCUGUGGUCAAGAAAAUUUUGGAGUUGUGUAACGAAGUCAUACGUCAAAGUGAAUUACCAGAUGGAUUGUGUGAAUUGGCUGCUUUCGUUGAACCUGAAAAUUACGGUUCUAUUGAAACAUUUCUUCACAAUGAAAUCAAAGGCAAGUAUUGUAUUGAAAUAGCUGACAGUACAAAACAUACUACCAGAGGAUUAGGCAAACCAAAUCCUAUUUCAUCAGUGAUGAUACAAAAGAAACCAAAGGACGUGGAGCAGGAGGAGAAGACGAAGAAAAAGAAUGAGAAUAUUGAAACAAAUGUUCCAAACGUUGAAGCUACUUCUUCCAAACCUGAUGUUAGUCAAACUGUCGUUCAAGAGUCUGAAAAACCAUCAGUAUCGAAUGAAAAGAAAAGUGGAAGAAAACACAAACAAAAGCAUAAAAAAGGCUCAAAACAUGAUGAUGAUUGGUCUGAUUAA